UCGCCCGCUAUACACAGUAUAAACCGCACACAACUCCACUUGCCACUUAGUUUAUUCUACUCGUUCUCCUGCUGAUGAUUGCAGCACGAUUUGAGCAGGCCUUGUUUGCACAGAUUCAGAAUAGAGAUCGUAGUAGGCUACGUCUCCUUCGCUCUGUGGCAGCGCGUGUUUUCAUUCAUUCGCGUGCGAGUUCAAAGACUCGCAUAAAAACAGUUCUUUUUCUACCGUCGAAUUGUUCUCGGCUUGUCGCGUGUUAGUUGUUUAUUUUUUUUUUCGAGCUGUACUCACUCGAUCAUAAAUGUUCUUCGGUUGUCUGGAGGUUUAGCAUUGAAAGAUGAAAUAUUUGACCCUGGUUUUCGGUGCAGUCCUGACGAUAAGUCAUCAGUUUUCAGCGUAUGCCACUUUAUUGGGAGAUGAGUGCAAUAGCGAUUGGGAAUGUAAAGAAAACAUACCCGGAUCAAUGUGUAACAGGGGAAGGUGUUCCUGCCAGUCUUUCUACGCUAGAGUUAACCAAACGACGUGUAUACAGUCGACCUUAUUGGGCUACGACUGUGUUGUGCCCGAGCAAUGUUCGAUGAAGGUAUCGAACAGCAGUUGCAUAAACGGUUCCUGUCGUUGCGUCGAUGGUUUCCUGCAAUUCCGGAAGCAUACCUGUCUUGGACCUGCAAGACCUGGUAACGUGUGCUACAGCAAUGCCCAUUGUCGCCUAUGGACAGUGGACAGCCACUGCGACUUCCUGAUACCCAAUCUGUUCGGAAGAUGCCAGUGCAAUUCGCCCCUGAAACAGAUCGGCGAUUCCUGCGUGAGGGAAGCUUUCCAACCUUCAACUACCACCACAGCUGCCACUACAACCUCGCAAGUACCGUCCAGUACGGAGCUGGACAUAAGCGUGAAUUUAAUCAAUAAGAACGCCGUGGCACAAUCUCCGAAGGGCGAAGCCAGCACUGUACAAGAACCACCGAUAACAACGCAACUUUUGCAAUCAUCCACGACGCCUUCAAGUACCACAAUCGAUGAAAGAACGUUACAGCCAAUCGAUACAACAACCAGAUUAUCAACCAUGAGAACAACAUCGCUAGAACCAACAGCUUCUCCCCUAUAUGAACCAGUUUCAUCCUCAACUUCAAAGUUGUCACUCACGACAGGAAUCAGAAACCGUCUAGACGAUGGCGAAGGCGUCAGUCUUGGACUUCCAUGCGUCACAGACCUUCAAUGUAAAGCAGCGGACCCAUUCUCCAAAUGCCUGAACGGAGUGUGCGACUGCAUCCUCAGGUACAACAGAACCUCAGCCUGCUCCGCCAGAAACACGAAAUGUCUGCCAGGUACCUUCCAGUGUAAAAGCAGCGGCACUUGCAUCAGCUGGUUCUUCGUUUGCGAUGGACGAAAAGAUUGCAUCGAUGGUUCAGACGAGGACUGCUCCUUUGGACAGUGUCCCGCCCAAAGUUUCCUCUGCAAAUCGACAGGGCGAUGCGUUUCCAAAGCAACACGUUGCGAUGGAGUCAAAGACUGCCCAGAAGGAGAGGACGAGGCCGAUUGUCAGGCUUCAGGAAAGAAAGGAUGUCCUCCGGACACCUUCCAAUGCGGCGAUGGAAAAUGUCUGCCAGAAUACGAAUUUUGCAACGCCAUUAUAAGUUGCAGCGAUGGGAGCGAUGAACCUGCCCAUAUUUGUAGGGGAAGGGCCAGAAGAAGGCUAUCAGAAUAUUGCCCAUUAAGGUGUGGAAAUGGCAGAUGCAGAUCCAGCGCGGUUGCUUGUUCUGGAAGAGAUGGUUGUGGAGAUGGAACUGAUGAACGUAGAUGUUCAGUCUGUAGGUGUCCAAUUGUUAAAGGACGAGGUCUAUUAUAGUUCGAGAAGGAUCGAUAUCAAUCGACAAUGAAUGCCAAAAUUUGUGUAUAUCAUUUUCUUCAGUACCUAUGUGAUUUUUAGUAUUUGAUAGUUGAUAAUUUAAGAUUCUGUAAUGCUCAAGAAUAUUCUAUUGUAUUUUAUAUUUAUAUUUUAUAUUUAUAUUUGAUCUGGAGUAUCUGAAGUAGAUUAGUUAAUAAAUCCAUUCCAUUCA